CGCACCAGACAAACCCGGAAGACUGCAAAUAAGCAGCAAGUAACCGAAGUUCUUACUUCUCAUCAGGUUAAUCGAACGGGGUGUGAUGUCAGAGGGGGGGUGACGUCAGAAGGGGGGCUGUCACGUGUCCGCAUGGAGGCUCCGUGUGGAAAAUCUCAUGGAAUAACACGUUUAGGCAGCUAAUAAUAACGGCUUGUUUUUAGACGUGCUUCGCAGAGGCGGGCUGCCUGCAUAUAAACUCAGCCGCACAGUAUGGAGAACUGCUGGAUGCUGACGGACCGGAUCUCCCGACAGGAGGCUGCUCGGUCUCCCUUCUGUUCGUUCAGCAGCUAACGUUUACUCUGAGGCUGUGGCUUCAGCUCACCGGCUGUGAAGACCGGACGCUGGUUCGGGUUUUUUCCUGCUACGACUCGUCUGCUGUUAUACAACCGUAAUAAGUUAGCCUGGGACAUUCCUGUAGUGCCUUUACUGUCCGAUAUCAGUGCUGCGGGGACAUGCGUGGGAACAGGCUCUGAGUGUUUCUCUGGCGAGUUUUUACUGAGUUUUCGUCGACCAUGAAGUCGUCCCUGGCUCCCGGCAUACGGCUGAUCACGUCCUUUUCCCGGGAUGGUUGGUACCGCAGUUUCAUUCUGUUCCUCACCUUCCUCUUCUACACGGCCUACCAUCUGUCACGGAAACCCAUCAGCAUCGUCAAGAGUCAGCUCCACAGGAACUGUUCCGCCGUCGUCCAGCCAGCCGACCUUAACAUAACCAACAAUGCAACUUGGUGCGACUGGGCUCCCUUUGACGAGGACAACUACCAGACGCUGUUCGGGGUCUUGGAUAACUCCUUCCUGGUUGCCUACGCUAUCGGCAUGUUUAUCAGUGGGAUCUUUGGCGAGCGCCUGCCUCUCCGGUACUACCUGAGCGUGGGGAUGCUGUUGAGUGGAUUGUUCACGUGUUUGUUCGGCCUCGGCUUCUUCUGGAACAUCCACACGUUGUGGUACUACGCCUUCAUCCAGGUCAUGAACGGGCUGGCGCAGACCACCGGUUGGCCGGCAGUGGUGGCUUGUGUCGGCAACUGGUUUGGGAAGGGGAAGCGUGGGUUCAUCAUGGGCGUGUGGAACUCCCACACCUCAGUGGGAAACAUCUUGGGCUCCCUCAUCGCAGGAGCCUUCGUCUCCCAGGCCUGGGGAAUGUCCUUCAUCGUCCCUGGACUCAUCAUCGCCUCCACUGGGAUCCUGUGCUUCUUCUUUCUGGUUGAAAAACCUGAAGACGUCAACUGCACUCCUCCUCAGCACCAUAGUGAUCAGGAGAGCAGUGAGACAGAUCCUCUCUUGCAGACCUCGUCCCAUAGUGACAGAAUCGUGAACGGCGCCAUCGCCACUGAGUCCGUGGAGGUUAUAGCGGAGCACACGGAGGCCAUCAGUUUCUGUGGGGCUCUCUGUAUACCUGGGGUGGUGGAGUUCUCUCUCUGUCUGCUGUUCGCCAAGCUGGUCAGCUACACCUUCCUGUACUGGCUUCCUCUCUACAUCUCAAACAUUGCACAUUUUGAGGCCAAAGAGGCAGGAGACAUGUCGACGCUGUUUGAUGUGGGUGGAAUCGUGGGAGGCAUCAUGGCGGGCCUCGUGUCCGACUACACCGGUGGGAGGGCGACGACCUGCUGCGUCAUGCUGCUUGUUGCUGCCCCCAUGCUUUUCCUCUACAAUUACGUUGGACAAAGGAGCCUGGGGACCACAGUCGGCAUGCUGCUGUUGUGUGGAGGCCUGGUGAAUGGACCUUACGCCCUCAUCACUACUGCUGUGUCUGCAGACCUGGGAACACAUGAGAGCCUGCGAGGGAACUCCAGGGCUUUGUCAACGGUCACAGCUAUUAUAGACGGGACGGGUUCCAUCGGAGCUGCUUUGGGUCCCCUGUUGGCCGGUUUGAUCUCUCCCACCGGCUGGAACAACGUCUUCUACAUGCUCAUCUCCGCCGACGUCUUAGCCUGCCUGUUUUUGUCCAGGCUUGUUUAUAAGGAAGCUCAGGGUUGGUGUGGACGUGUCCCCCGAAUCAGAGGGUUCAAAGAAAUCUGAAGUGCAAGCGAUCAAACUGGGAUCCAAACAAACAAACAAAAGAGGGAACAAAUGCCGAAUCUGACCUCAGCGUUCUGCCGACGACGUCUUGGCGUUUGGGCCGAAGGGGAACGAAACCAUCAGUGGAACACUGAAGGCAGUAAACUGCCGAUCAGAGCCUUCGUCUUAUUGUGAGACAGAGACAAAUAUGCCUUUAUAGAAACAAAGCUUUUUUAUGACUAAUCUACCCACACUAGCUUGUUUUAAUAUUCUUUUAUCAUUAAAGUGUUUAUACUGUG